UUAAUUUCUUCACCAUUCGAAAAUUGUAUGGAAUUCGUAGAAAAAGAUGUUCUAGACUCGAUGAAUGCAAACCAAUGGAGUCAGGAGUUGAAUUUAAAAAGACAAAAAAACAAUGCUGGUGGUGGUGGUUACUUUACUCCUGCUUCUGCUGCUGAUGAUGAUGGUUGA